CUGCGCAAAGACGUUAACGCUCUCAGACACAUUCUGGGCAUCCAGAAAUUUGACUUGGGCAUUGUUUGCGUGGACAACCACAGGAUUCAGCAAAUCAAUCACAUUUACAGGAAGAAAAAUGUGCCAACGGACGUCCUAUCAUUUCCAUUCUACGAGGAUGUGAGACCUGGAAAACUGCCUUGUCCUCUACAUAGAGAUGAGCUGAACCUUGGGGACAUUUUCCUUGGGGUGGAGUUCAUAAUGAAGCAGUGUCAGAAGGAAUCUCUGGAUCUGCACGGUGCUCUGACAGUUGUCACUGCACAUGGCAUCUGCCAUCUCUUGGGUUACAGGCAUGAAACAGAAGAAGAAUGGGAAGAGAUGCUGCAGAAGGAAAACUACAUUCUAAGUGAAUACAACAGACUCACAGGUCGACAUCUGCUGCCGCUGAUGAAGAGAUGCAGUCAAGAUAGGUGA